CGCGAGGCUCCCCGCCCGCGUCAACGUCUGGGCACGUCCCCCUCGCGGCAAGGGCCACGCACGUCCCCGCGCUUAACCUCUGCCCGCCCGGCGCGCAGUUAAAGACCCGGGCGCGCGCGGUGCGGGCGGCGGGGAGCGAGCCAGCAGCCCGGCGCGCACCAUGACCUGCUACCGGGGCUUCCUGCUGGGCAGCUGUCGGCGGGUGGCGGGCAGCCGGGCGGCGCUGCGGGCGGCGGGGUCGGGCGUGGACUGCGGCUGGCGGCCCCUGGGGCACGGGCAGCCGCGAGAGCUGGCGGGCUGUGGCAGUCGCCCCGAUGGCGGCUUCCGCCCUUCGCGCGUGGUGGUGGUGGCUAAGACCACCCGCUACGAGUUCGAGCAGCAGCGGUACCGCUACGCGGAGCUCUCGGAGGAGGACCUGAAGCAGCUGCUUGCAUUGAAAGGCUCCAGCUACACUGGACUACUUGAGCGACAUCGUAUUCACACCAAAAAUGUAGAGCAUAUAAUCGAUAGUUUACGGAAUGAGGGGAUUGAGGUUCGUCUAGUAAAGAGGAGGGAGUAUGAUGAAGAGACCGUUCGAUGGGCAGAUGCUGUCAUAGCUGCAGGAGGGGAUGGCACAAUGCUUCUGGCAGCAAGUAAAGUCUUAGACAGACUUAAACCAGUUGUAGGGGUCAACACGGAUCCAGAACGGUCUGAAGGUCAUUUAUGUCUGCCUGUUCGAUACACACAUUCCUUCCCAGAAGCUUUACAGAAGUUCUAUCGUGGUGAGUUCAGGUGGUUAUGGAGGCAGCGUAUCAGGUUAUACCUUGAAGGGACUGGCAUAAACCCAACUCCUGUGGACCUUCAUGAACAGCAGCUGAGCUUGAAUCAGCAUAGCAGAGCCUUCAACAUUGAAAGGGUUGAUGAUGAAAGAUCUGAGACUUCGGGACCCCAACUUUUGCCAGUGAGAGCACUAAAUGAAGUCUUCAUUGGGGAGAGUCUCUCAUCCAGAAUGCCUUAUUCUUGGGCUGUAGCAGUGGACAAUUUAAGAAGAAGUAUACCCACUCUAAAGGGACUAGCUUCCUACUAUGAAAUUUCAGUUGAUGAUGGCCCAUGGGAAAAACAGAAGAGUUCAGGGCUCAAUUUGUGUACUGGAACAGGAUCAAAGGCCUGGUCAUUCAAUAUUAACAGGGUUGCAGCUCAGGCUGUUGAAGAUGUUUUAAAUAUUGCAAAACGACAAGGAAAUUUGACUCUUCCAUUGGGCAAAGAAUUGGUGGAAAAAGUAACAAAUGAAUAUAAUGAAUCAUUGCUCUACAGUCCAGAAGAACCAAAAAUACUCUUCAGUAUUCGAGAGCCAAUAGCAAACAGAGUUUUCUCAAGUAGUCGGCAGCGCUGUUUCUCUUCAAAAGUUUGUGUUCGCUCUAGAUGUUGGGAUGCCUGCAUGGUUGUGGAUGGAGGAACUUCUUUUGAGUUUAAUGAUGGAGCAAUUGCUUCGAUGAUGAUCAAUAAAGAAGAUGAGCUUCGAACUGUGAUUCUAGAACAGUGAAGGAUUUCUCAGAUGACAAAUUUUUAUUACUGGAAAAAUAUUUUUAUUGCAGAAACAGACUUCCAGCCAUAAACCUACCGUAUUUUGGUUCUUUUGAGACUGGUUACCCCUAGGCUCAAAGGUGACAAAGUGGGAUGUACUCACAGUGCUCUUCUGUUGGAAUCUGCUAGACUAAAGCAAUUCACUGUGUGAGAAAAUGGGUGGACUGAAUGCAUUCAAGUCGAUGCCAGUUAUGUUUCUUUAUUAUUUACAAUUACUAACCGUGUUGAUACUCUUUUAAAUUUAGAGAGGCAGGCUUAAAGGAUUAACUGCACAAGUGUUUUUUUCACCCUAACUUUGUGGAAUUGGUCCCACGUAUCAUUUAAUUAGUGCAUUAUUUUUUAUAGAACUUAAAAGAUUAAAAAAAAUUGAUGGAGAAUUUUGAUAAAUCUUCACAUUGACCUAACUGAAGUAGAUAAAUGUGUUUUUAUAUGUGCUAAAAGAAUUUUCUAAUUCCAGGAUACCAUGAUGUCAUGACUAUUGACUGAAAAAUUUUAGUCAUUUUAAAAAUUGUAGCUGAAUUCUGACUCAUUCUGAUUGAUGUCAGCAGUGUUAGGUGAAAUACAUCUGUUGGGACAAAUUAUGAUGCUGAAUAAAUACAUUAAUUUUCCUAUACUGCUUUUGGUUAGGCAAUUUUAUUUUUGAAAAGUACUGAGUUCAGUAUGCUCUUUUCCAUCUUUGAACCUCUAACAUGAAUUCAAGGACUAAAGAAUAACCUGAUGGAUAUGUUCUAUUAGUAGUCUGAAAAACAUUUAAAAAAUGUUCACCUCGUAUAAGGAUUGUAAGAAUGGCUUCUUUAACAAUAUGGAAGACAGUAGUUUUGGAAUUGCCUUAUUUGGUAUUGUGGUUUUCACUUACCAUAUUCCAAAUUUUACAUGAUAGCGUUGUAGGAUAAAAUGUCAGAGCUUUCCCACCUUAUGAAAACUGCUUUAUUUUUGGAGGAAAUUAUUUUCAUUUAGUUCUUGAUUGAUUUAAAGAAUUAGUUUUUACACAAAGCUUGUAGCUGAAUAAUGAAAUGGUUGCCUCAUGUCAUUCAAAGUUGUGUUUUCCACUUGGCAGUGAAAACUGUUUUCAUUGAUUAAGUAUUGAACACCACUCUGUGCCAUCUAUCACUAUGUCAUACAGUGAAGUGUUGGAUAGACAUUGAUGAAAUGCUGUAUUCACAACACUUGGACCCAUUGAGCCCAGAAGUGAAAACUGAAAGCUAGAAUGCAUAAGCAGAUUGAAUGCUCUUAGUUUUGCUAACACUCAACUUGCUGCUCUAACUAAUUAAAAAAAAAUGUUAAUGUGCAAAGGCAACCUAAGUUGAUGUAGGUUUUGGUGUUUAUCCAGAAUGCUUUUCUUGAGAGUAUCUGCAGACACUCAGAGGUGAGAAUUUACUUGCUGCAUCAGAAUGUAAUAAAUAAAAAUGAGUAUUUUUUUCUGAGCAGAGUCUAAUUUCUGGUUUAAUUAAAAAUAUAUGCAAGAUACCGCAAAAGAAGCUAAAUUCCACACAAUAGAAGCUCCUCUAAAAGGUUUAAAAAACCUUAGAAAAAAUGCCAACUCUGUCCUUAAUAUAUCAAGGAAAUAUGGUUGUCCAUGUUUUACCAUCAAUCUGUAACAUUAAUAUGUAAACAUAUUAAUAGGUAACUUGCUGUGUGAAAUUGCUCAUAAGCCAUAUUGGAAAGGUUUUAAAAUUACUUAAAAUGCUGAUCCAUUUGCAAUACAAUUUCUGCUCUGUGGCAGGAAUUUAUUUGUGAUAGAUGAAUGGCAAAGGAUGUCAGAAUAGCAAAAAUGUCUUUUUGAAUGGGUUAACCUUUAAUACAGCUGUAUGCAAAUAAAAUUAAGCCAUUGUUAUCUUA